AUGAUCGGGCUGCUCCUAGCACGAGAUUCUUCUGCCCAUCGCAGAGCCUCGGCGCUAGUGAGGCCGGAGAGCAUGGGCAACGUCAUGAGGCCGACGGUCGAUGCCCGCAUGCAGGCGGCCGUGGCGGCGGUCACAGCCGUGCAGGCCGUGAAUAACGACGCCAUGACAGCGUCGCGAUCAGGUAGCCCAGCCCCGAUCGUGCACUACCAGCAUCCGGUACAGCUACUGCCUCAGAGCACGCCUGGUCCGGACUUGCGACCCUGGGACCUAGCUGCCGGCACAAGCCUGUUCAGCCCGCCACAACAGCCCUAUGCCAAUGUCUGCAGGCAGAAGGGUGAGGGGGACUGGAAUCCAUUUUUGCGUUACUGUCAUUAUCAAGCCGAAGAGUCUGAUAAGCAUGGACUCAUCGAGCUACAGUCUGCUCUGCACUUGGCAGAACUCCGCCGCUGCGCCUGCAGCGACGAGGCCUGGUCUUCCUCUGCAAGGCUGUAG